AUGCCAUUUACUUGGUGGAUCCUUCUGGUAAUCUUCGGUAUCUUGGACAGUGUGGCGGCAUAUAUUCUGAACAUGUGCAUCUUGGCCGCUAGUAUCCAAAACCUGAAGACUGGAGAGAGGCUGAAUCCUCCUGAUCUAAUCCACCUGGUUAUAGGAGCGGUCAACAUUGUCUUCCAGUGUUUGCUGGUCUCGCAGGGCAUAUUAACUGUGUUCUUCACUUAUUUAAUGUUUAUUAGGGAGAUCUUUGUCCCGGCCAUGGUGAGCACGCUGACACUUAUGUAUUUCAUCUACUGGCUCACUGCCUGGCUCUGUAUCUAUUAUUGUGUCACCAUCCCUAACUUCAAUCAUCCAUUGUUUGUCUGGUCAAAGAGGAAGAUCUCAAUGUAUCUACCACGUCUUCUCCUGAUCACAGCAGCAGGCUGUUUCUUCAUUAGUCUUCCAACCAUCUGGAUUGUAAAUGUGAACAUCACUCAACAAUCUGCAGGAAAUAGCACCUGUGACCCCACAGUUAUCAGUGGGACUUUCAGCUUUCAGCCCUCUUACAUACAGACCGCUUCAUUUAUAGGAUGCUUUUUGCCGUUCCUAUUAAUAUUGGUCUCUAAUUUGAUGACUGGGUCUUCCCUUUUAGGACAUAUAUGUAAGAUGAGGCAGAAUGAUUCUGGAUUAUCCCAAGCCAAAGACCAGGCUCACAUUAAUGCCAUAAGAACUAUUUUUCGGUUCAUUUCGAUGUCCAUCAUAUUCUACAUCAAUGCAGUUUUAUUUUUUUCAGUGUCCAUCAAUCCUGAAGAUCCUCAAAUCAUUGUCCACUGGUUGAUAUUUAUGUCUUUUCCGACAUCACAAUCUCUCAACAUCAUCUAUUCCAACCCCAAGCUAAGAAAACAUUUUGUGGUCAAGUUCCCAAGUUUUGAAAGAAAGCUGUAG